UUUCAUAGGAAAUGAAUUUCUGUAGAGAGCAUUUUAGAACAGGAAUAACAGACAGAGUUAAAAAAUUAAAACAGAAAUACAUUUACCCUGAUUGGAUUCAAUAAGUUAUUAUUCUUUGAAAUCAGUUACCGUCACUAACGGGAACGAAAUAAAUGAAUAUGUAAACAUCGAUAGCAAGUUUUACACAUUUUACUUUUACCCUCAGUAGAUGGCGACACUACAUGCAGAUUUAAUGUAUUCCGUAGAAAACUUGAUACCAAGAUACAUAAAUUGAAAAGAGAAUCAUAUUUUUGAGUGGAUAUUAGUGAAUGAAAACGAAGAUUAAGAACUGCAUAAUCUCUCUAAACAAAAGAUGUUCCAAGUGUUCCUUAGAAGCGUUUGUGAAGAAACAACAGCAGCCAUCAUCGUGAUAGUUGUUGCCACCAUCUGCAUUUAUUACUACAAAAGGAAUAAAGGUUUGCCUCCGGGACCCGUGUCUUUUCCCUUUUUCGGUUACUCCCUCAUCCUGAAAGAUGACACUUGUCACCGGACUCUGGAAAAAUUGCAGAAGAAAUACGGUGAUGUAUUCAGUUUCACUUUUGCCGGUACUCUGUACAUCAACAUGGGAAGUAUGAAGGCCGUUAAAGAAUUUCAUUUAACCCAUGCAGAAUGCUUUCAGAGAAGCAACGAUUUUUCAGUUAGCUCAUGUUUCUUCAACAAUGGGGUCAGUGUCAUUAAUGGUGAACCAUGGAAAGUCCUGAGGAAGUUCUCGUUGCAACAACUGAGGGAGUACGGAAUGACCACCGUUAAGGACAACAUGAGUGAACCUUUAUACGAUUCCAUCCAGGAGACCAUCAGCUUCUUGAAAGCAAAGAAGGGUGAACCAGUGGAAAUCGUGCAGCACCUGACCAACAAAUGCAACAAUAUACUCCGCUGCACCAUGUUCGGCCAAUCUGGAAUCACAGAAGAGCAGGUGAAAGAAAUAAACGAAGCGUACACUCACGUUGUGGCAUUCAUUACAAUGACCAACUUAUUCUACGAUGGAUUUCUUACGAGGUUUAUUUUCCCUCUUAAACCUGGAUAUUGGACAGCGAUGAAGAAUUUCAAAAUCAUAACGAGAACAUUGGAGAACGUUGUAAACGAACACAAAUCCAUGUUCAAAAAAGAUGAGCAUCCAAGCAAUUUCAUUGACGCUUUCCUCAAAGAGAGGAACGACAGGAAUUGCAAAGGGGAUCCAACAGCAAAAUACUUCACCGAUAAGGCUUUGAUUGGUACCCUGAUUCAGUUUGUGAGUGACGGAGUCCUUAGCGUAGCUCUGUUCAUUGCAAUUUUCAUGAAACAUGUAGUGGACCACCAGGACCAUCAAGAUAAAAUCUAUGCUGAAAUAGUGGAGGUCGUGGGAAGGGGAAGAGCUCCGACUAUUGAAGAUAAAAGUAAACUCUCAUAUACUACAGCCUACAUGCACGAAAUAAUGCGCACUUUUGAAUUCUUCUCUGUCAUUCCCGGCCAGAAAUGUAUCAAGGAGACAGUCAUCAGGGGAUACAGGAUUCCCAAAGGUGCAAUAACUCUUCUGAACAUGUGGACCUGCCAUAAUGAUCCAGAGAUUUACCCAGAACCUGAUAAGUUCAAUCCAUCCCGAUUCAUGUGUGAAGAGAAGAGCAAGAGACCCGAUCUACCCAUCACUUUUGGUGUCGGCAGGCGAACGUGUAUUGGAGAAGGUUAUACGAUGUCUCAGAUAUUUCUUUUCCUCACUACAAUCAUCCAGAAUUUUAAACUAACCUACCCUGAAGGUUCAGAAAUAGGAAAUUAUGAGUUUCUUUUGAGUGGAAAAUUGAAUAUUUGUGCCAUCCCAAGAAACGAAGAGAAUUGGGGGGAAAAAAUGCUUCAUUGUGUUAAAGAAAAACAAGUGAUUGUUUUGAAAAAAUAACUUCCUUCUAAGCUUAUCAAUAUAAACAAUAUAUAUAAACAAAAAAAAGCUUGUAUAUUUAUGUUUGUAUUAUUAUACAUGUUCUGAUCUGUAUUCAAAAUAAACUAUUAAAGAAAUUUUAUAAAAA